AUGGCCAGCGAGGCGUGGAAACGCGCUUCCACCAUUAUACUGUUAUCAAAAUCGACGCGUCGUGUGUUGAUGUUGGAACGUGGGGCGACGGCCCCUUUCAUGCCAUCUCUACAUGUAUUCCCGGGUGGAGUAUGCGAACCCAAUGACGCCAAACUCGGUGAUGACGGCAAGGCGGCUGCUUUGAGGGAACUCUUCGAAGAAACGGGGCUCGUUCCGUUGGCAAAUGGCCAGGCCCUGACUGCCGCUACUGACGAGAAACUCGCCGAAUUGCAGUUGUCGACUAGGAAGGAGCCGAAUGCCUUUGUCAAGUACUUCUCGGGUCUCUCCUCAGCCAUUCCCUUCUCUUCUAUCUAUCGAUGGUCAAAAUGGCUGACCCCGAAUUAUGGCAAGAAGCGAUACAUGACCGAAUUUUUCGUGUUGCCGGUCGAGGGAGAGCCGCAGACCAAGAUUUGCACUCGUGAGAUGACGUCGGCGGUGUGGAUCGAGCCGCUCGACGCGCUGCCCCUCGCCUUCAGGGGUACCCUCGAUUUGCCACCGCCUCAAAUAUACGAAUUGACACGACUCGCACAGACGCCAACCGAUCAGCUCGACAAAGCCGAAAACAAGACGAUUAUUUGCCCCCAACAGUUGACGGGCAAGGCGAGCGGUGCCGUGGCGUUCAUUUACCCGGGCGAUCGAUUGUAUAAAGAUGACGAUCAAUCAUAUCUCUAUCCACCCGAAAUUGUCGAUGAUGUCAAGCUAGCCGCCGGCGCAGAAGAUGCUCCCCUUCAUCGUUGUGUCUUCCCCACUCGGCCAUCAACAAAGGGAUGUCGACUAUAUUUGCAGAAGAUCCCCAAGCAGUACAGAUUCCACCGUUUCGACACGCGCAACAAGGAACUCGACGAGAUCAAGCUCGACGCCUGCAAAAUG